AUGAGCACCAAAGUCUUGGUCGGUCACUUCAAUGACGGCCCCUUUAUUGGUCUGAGCUACCGAACAACUUCUCAAAAAGGUGUAACGGGAAAUGACGGGAAAUUCCUCUAUCUGGAGGGAGAAUAUGUGACUUUCUCUAUCGGCAAAUUGACUAUUGGUGUCGCGAAGGCAGCCUCGUCUCUGACGCUAGCAUCUCUUCACAAUAGUGCCGACAACGUGGUAGUGGACGUUCUCCUUCCUGAAACUAUAAACCGGGCACGUUUCGUUCUGAGCCUGGGACGAGAAGCUGAUCUCCAUAACGGUGUCGUGAUUGACGAGACUGCAAAGAACGCAGACGAGAUAAUCUUCACCACUAGCGUCGAGGAUUUUGAACAAUCGCCCUCUGUCAGGACAGUCUUUGAACAGCUAGGCCGCCGAUUCCGUGGAGCUGCCGAAGCUCGUAACCACACCCGGCGGGGUCUUUUGGGAAUCAAAGCGAUCCGAGAUGUCCCGGUGCCACUCCGUGACGGAACCUAUCUCUUGGCCGACGUCUUUCAUCCUGUCGACAAGGGUGUUUACCCAGUGUUGUUGAGACUGAGCAUUUAUGGUCGUGCAUUCACAAUCGGUUCUAUACACACGGAGACCGACUACAACGACAGCGAGGAACGUGAAGCAGCUUGGUAUGAAAAGGAUCGAUCUCCGAUUCAUCCUUACAUGCGGUACUCGGAAAGCUGUGUGAGCGCCAACAGCAGCGACUGGGUACCUCGCGGAUACGUUGUCAUCCGUGUGGAUGGAAGAGGUGUGGGCAAGUCGCCUGGGAAGCUUGACCCAUUUUCGCGACAGGAGGCAGAAGACUAUUACGAUGCCAUUCAAUGGGCUGCUCAACAACCGUGGAGCAAUGGCAUGGUUGGAUUGUACGGGGCAUCAUAUAAUGCAACGAUCCAAUGGAAUGUCGCUGCUCUACAACCUCCCGCCCUGAAAGCUAUUGCACCACUGGCCUCUGAUGCGGAUGCUUACCGGGACUUAGCAUACCAAGGUGGUAUCCUUCUCGACAACUACCGCCGGUGGUGGUUUGAGGAUACAGUGGGGCCUGCUAAGAACCCUGAGUCUGCCGCUGUCGACUUCGUUGGGGGGUUACGCAGUCACCCUUGGGACGACACGUACUACCACGGAAAGGCGUUAAUGUCGGCCGACAAAUGCGAUUUGGAGGAAUUUUUUGAUGAACACCUCAAGGGGAAAAAGCCAAAGAAAGAGCCACCGCCAGUGCGCCUAAUUAUCCGAACAGGCGAUGGUGGAUUUGAGUGGCGCGAAUCUGAUAGUUGGCCCCUUAAAGGGACUGAGUAUCGGAAAUUCUUCCUUGACGCUAGUGGCGAGAAUCCUGGCGGGCGCCUCUCUGACGUUCCACCGAGAGACAAGGGUGUUUCCAUAUACUCUGCAGACGUUGGCGGGCCUGUGGAGGAUGUUGCUUUGGCUGUGUUCGAUCCAGAGCCUCUCAAAGAGGAUAUUAAACUCGCAGGCCAUUUCCGUGCAAGUCUAUGGGUGUCAUCAUCCUCCACAGAUGCCGAUGUUUUCGUCGCUGUCCGCGUCUUUGACGGCGAACGAGAAGUCCAAUAUCGGACGCGUGAGCCUGGUUCAGUGGCUCCGUUGACAUGGGGGGUUCUAAAAGCUUCCCACCGAGCUCUUGACCCCAAACUGAGCACGGCGGAACGCCCUUGGCACACACAUCGACAGAAGGAUGCUCUCCCUCUUACACCCGGCGAGAUAGUGCCAAUUGAAGUCGAAUUAAUGCCUGCUACUGCACGCAUUUCUGCUGGAUACCGACUUCGCGUCGAGAUCUCUGCAGCCGAGGGAAGAGGAAGAGUCCCUGGGUUUGAACGGGCAUAUGACGAAUCCUAUCACAAAGGUGUUGUCAAUCGUGUCUUUACAGGUGAUGUCUAUGUCAGCUCCAUCACCAUCCCUGUGAUAUCUAGUUAG